AUGGCGUCCACACGCCAAACCUCAGCAACGCAGUCUAAUUGCGACUUCUCAGGCGGCGACGAGCGUAUCCGCUCCACUAGCGAAAGUUGUGCAGAUCAUUCAGACGAUGAUGCAUCCAUGUCGAAUGAUGAGUCGAUGAGUUCGACGUCGUCUUUAGAGAUCGAGAGCCACGAGCAAAGACUCGAACAACAGCAAAGUGGAGAGCACAGGUCAAAUCGUACAACUUCCUUGGAUGACGUUGCUCGCCAAUUGCCAUAUCAUGGAACAAGUACAAGUCUCGCUGUCUCAAGCUUUUCAUACAAUGAAACGGAUACCUCAAGUACUUCACAUGCUGCAUCUACACAAAAGUGCUGGUUAUUGACACAAUUUGCUCCAGCCAUGUCAAAAAGUAUGAAAUGUAUGGAUUCAAGUGGUGAUAUGGAUGACGAAGAACCAUUUGACGAAGAAUCUGAGCGUUUGUCAAGUACACAGACACCAGGUGGUAAUCGACGGGUGGCAUGGGCAACGUCAGCCCAUCUCGAGCUUUCAGAAGGAGUGCGACUGACAGCAGCAAGGAACGAAGUGACGGGAACGCAAUUACGAUUCAAGUCGAAUGUAGCAUUUCUGCUUACGACCGACACGAGCAAUUGGAUGAUGCCAUUUGGCCAUGGACAUCGUGCUCGAGUUGCCGUGGAUACGAGAUUUGUGCCACCCCAUUUGAUACAAACUGAGUUAUUUGUCAUUGGCGCUGUGGAAGACGAAAAUGCAGAUCUUGUCAUGGAGACGUUGGAACGGACUGGUUUCACUAUUAAAGCAGCAAAAGAACAUGCUGUGUAUCUACGCAUUCGUAUUGCAGAGACACUGGAUCCGGGUUUGUAUGAAUUGCCCAUCCGCGUAUUUACACAAGCUUCAGGCUUUCGAGAGGAACACUUGACAUGGUCAAGCAACUUGAAUAUCCAAAUUGUGGACGUUUGUCUUCCCACACCGAGUCGCUGGCGGUUCAGACUUGAUCUGUGGCAGCAUUGGACUGCCGUAGCACGCACCCACAGAGUUGCGCUGUGGAGUGAGCAUCAUUUUGAACUAAUUGAUCAGUACCUGGCACCGUUGUCAGAGAUGGGGCAAAAAUGUUUAUCUAUUGUUGCCACAGAGAUGCCAUGGGCUGGACAACAAUGUUAUAUGGAAGAACAGAACGCAUCAGCGCUAUUUGAGCAUGCCAUUUUGGAGGUAUAUGAGGAUCCAAGUCAUGGAGUUCCAAUCACGAUCGAUUUUACACACUUUGACCGACUGCUUGAGCUCGGUGCUCGUCAUCAAGUGGAUCAGGAGAUUGAAGUGUUUGGACUUCUAUCCGUGUGGCGCGAUCCUGCUGCAGGAUUUAACGCCCCUGCUGAACUCACAGCACAUCACAUUCGGCCAUUUUCGACCAAGCCGGAUUCAACUGUGACUGCAGAGCUGCGUCCUCGAUCGCUGACUUCUGAGUCAACAACGUCGACAAAUACCAGUGAAUCGAAACCUGUUCACGAUCACAAAAACAAAUUAUCGUCUCCAUGUGACUCCCCUCGUACAGCUCCUGAAUCUACUCCUUUUGUUAUAGAUGGCUGGCGAAUCCGUUGUCAAGACCGUACAACUCAGACAGUUCGAUAUCUUACUCAAAUGUCGGAAGUGGAGUCCUUCAUUCAACAAUUUUAUAAACAUUGUGUGGCGUUGGAGAUUACAGAUCGCAUACGCAUUUGCGCUGACGAGCCGCGAGAUGUGGCGGUAUUUCACGAGCAGUUGCGCUUUAUGCAGCGUCUUGCACCAGACUUCCGUUUGAAACUUGCAGUGAAUCACUCGGAAUUCUUCUCCCCAAAUUAUGCUCCACCUCAAGUUGCUGAUUACGUGCCUCUUUUGCCCCUGGCAUGUGCUGACCUCGAGAUCACUCGAAGAUUAGCAAACGAAGCCCGUGCGCGUGGAGGGCACGUCUGCUGGUAUGUGUGCUGCAGUCCAGCGUUUCCAAAUCAAUUUGUGUCGUCACCUCUUGUUGAAGGUGAACUCGUCGGAUACCUCACCUUCUUCUUUGAGCUAGACGGAUUCUUAAGGUGGAACUAUUGUCUCUGGCCUGCAAGACCUUGGGACGAUCUACGUUGGCGCGCGCCGAUGUGGAAAGUUGGGGAUAUGUACUUUGUCCUGCCAGGACUAGAUGGUCGACCUGUUGAGACACUUCGACUCGAAUCGUUACGUUUUGCGGGUCAAGCAUUCGAGUUAUUAGCUCUAGCACGAGACACAUUGGCACCGGCACAAAUGCAACAGCUGCAACGGACAGUUGCUGAAGAAAUUUUGCGAUCUAGCAAUUUGGAAGAUUUUGGACGGUAUCACGACUGUGCACGUGAAGAUCUGUACUCACUCGACCCACUUGAUUACCAGCGUGCGAGAACGAUUAUUCUCGACACACUCGCAGCUGCAGCGAUCAAGAAUGGAUUAAAGGAUUGA